AUGGCCGUCGGCACGCCGGCAGCAGCAGAGAAGAAGGCAGCGACAGACAAAGAGAACGACGACGCGUUGCUGGCCGUCGCAACCCUCACGAGAACACCCAUCCUCAUCACGGACCACGUCGAGGCGGAUGCGGCGGUGACCGAAAUAGUCACAGCGCUGCAGCAGCCCGGCGCGCGCAAGGUCAUCGCCGUCGACUGCGAAUGGAUCGGCGAGCAGAAGCUCGGCGCCGACGUGGUCCAAAUCGCCGCUUCUACCGGCCCGCUCUACGUCUUCCACGUCGCGCGCAUGCGCCACUUCCCGCGGGGCCUGAAGCAGCUCCUCGCCGACGAGGCCUUCGCCAAGGUCGGCUGCUGCCUCUGGGAACUCGCGCGCGUCGUGCUCCGACGACGGCUCCCCAAGGGCCCCGCGCAGACGUCGAACUGGAAGCAGGCGCUCGACGCCGACCAGCUCGCCUACGCGGCCCUGGACGUCGAGGUGACCGUGGCCAUCCACGCCGCGCUCAUCGCGCUGCCCGCGCCCGCGGCGACGCCCGAGGACCUGGCCGAGCUCGCGGCGGCGACGGCGCGAAAAGUCCGGGAGCCGCCGAAGAAGAAGGCGAAGCCGCUCCCCAAGGGCCAGAAGACCAUGGCGGCCUUCUUCAAGCCCAAGGCCUGA